AUGGUGUAUUCGAAUCAACGUUUGGCUUGGUUCGACAUCAUUGCCUCUCCGAUCAUCCUAUUUUGGUACAUUGGAGCAUUUUAUGCAUUUUUGCUCUUCGUCGUCAAACCUUUUAUGGUGCCGAAAGGAUCUGCUAGACAGCCAUUCCUUCUGUGCGGUGAGAAGCCAUCGGAAAAUCGCUCACUCAACAUUCAUUGA